AUGCACGUUAGUGGAAAUGCUAUUGUCAAGUAUGAUUUACUGGGAGAUAAACUGGUAAUUCGGAAGGUGGACAGGAAGAAGAUGUUGCCAAAUGACUUGUAUUCCAUGUGGGAUGAUAGGGCGGAUUCUGAAGCUACUUCAGAUAAUGAUGUAGCAGCCGUCAAGCCUGUCAACGAGAUUGAGAGUAAAGCUGACGACAAGAGCGCUGUAUUUAGCCCAGGAGAUACGAAGGGCAAACAUGAGAGCGCAACGAACAUAGAAAGGUCUCCACCAUGGAAGAAGGACCUUCUAGGAGUUCUCAACUAG